AUGGCACCCAGUGCUGUCCCCGAGCCCGUGCCGCAAGAGGGCAUCGUGGCCGCCAAAGGCAUCAACGGCUCCAACAACAGCACGGCGGCGGCCGGCCAGUUCACCCUCACAGACGCCGAGAAGAAGCAGGUCGACCUCGUCCUCCGCACGUUCCGCUGCCUCAUCGCCGACCUGUGCGAGCAGUACAAGGGCGGCCACCCGGGCGGCGCCAUGGGCAUGGCGGCCAUCGGCACGUCGCUCUGGAAGUACGCCAUGCGGUACUCGCCCCGGAACCCGGACUACUUCAACCGGGACCGCUUCGUGCUGUCCAACGGCCACACGUGCCUGUUCCAGUACGCCUUCCUGCACCUGACGGGCUACCGCAACAUGACCAUGGACCAGCUCAAGUCGUACCACUCGAGCCGCACCGACUCCAUCUGCCCCGGCCACCCGGAGAUCGAGCACGAGGGCAUCGAGGUGACGACGGGCCCGCUGGGCCAGGGCAUCGCCAACGCCGUCGGCCUCGCCGUCGCCACCAAGCACCUCGCCGCCACCUACAACCGGCCCGGCUUCCCCGUCGUCGACAACACGACGUGGUGCAUGAUCGGGGACGCCUGCCUGCAGGAGGGCGUGGCCAUGGAGGCCAUCCAGCUCGCCGGCCACUGGCGCCUCGGCAACCUCGUCGUCAUGUACGACAACAACCAGAUCACCUGCGACGGCAGCGUCGACCUCUGCAACACGGAGGACGUCAACGCCAAGAUGCGGGCCUGCGGCUGGCACGUCGUCGACAUCGAGGACGGCAACUGGGACGUCGAGGCCAUCGUGCGCGCCAUGGACGAGGCCCGCGCCGUCCGGGACCGGCCGACUUUCAUCAACAUCCACACCGUCAUCGGCAUCGGCAGCGCCGUCGCCGGCGACGCAAAGGCCCACGGCGCCGCCUACGGCGCCGCCGACGUCGCCAACAUCAAGAAGACCUUCGGCAUGGACCCGGAGCAGCACUUCGUCGUCGGCGACGAGGUCUACGACUACUUCCGCGGCGCCGUCUCGCGCGGCGAGCAGACGGAGGCCGAGUGGAACGCGCUGGUCGCCGCCUACGCCCGCGAGCACCCGGACCUGGCGGCCGAGUUCAAGAAGCGCGUCUCCGGGGACUGGGUCGACGACUGGCACAAGUUCAUCCCGGCCAAGGAGGACUUCCCGACGACUCCGACGCCGUCUCGCAAGUCGGCCGGUCUGGUCUGCAACCCCAUCGCGGCCGGCCUGAACAACCUCAUGGUCGGCACGGCGGACCUAUCGCCUUCGGUCAACAUGAUCUGGAAGGGCAAGGUUGACUUUCAGAAUCCCGACCUGAGAACAAGCUGCGGUAUCAACGGCGACUACUCCGGCCGGUACAUCCACUACGGCAUCCGCGAGCAUGCCAUGGCCGCCAUCUCCAACGGCCUGGCUGCCUUCAACAAGGGGACCAUCCUGCCCGUCACCUCGAGCUUCUUCAUGUUCUACAUCUACGCCGCCCCCGGAGUCCGCAUGGGAGCCCUCCAGCGCCUCCAGCAGAUCCACAUCGCGACGCACGACUCCAUCGGCACCGGCGAGGACGGCCCUACGCACCAGCCCAUCGCGCUGCCCGCCCUCUACCGCGCCAUGCCGAACCUGCUCUACGUCCGGCCCUGCGACAGCGAGGAGACGGCCGGCGCCUUCGUGCUGGCCAUGGAGGCCCGCGACACGCCGACCAUCAUCUCGCUCUCGCGCCAGGCUCUGGAGCAGUACCCGCAGCACACGUCGCGCGAGGGCGUGCUCCGCGGCGCCUACGUCUUCCGCGAGGAGGAGGAAGCCGACGUCACGCUCAUCGGCGUCGGCGCCGAGAUGGUCUUCGCCGUCCGGACGGCCGCCCUGCUCAAGGAGAAGCACGGCAUCCGCGCGCGCAUCGUCAGCUUCCCGUGCCAGCGCGUCUUCGAGCGGCAGCCGGUCGAGUACAAGCGCGAGGUGCUGCGGUACCGGUCGCGGGCGCCGCGCGUCGUCAUCGAGGCCUACGCCGUCAACGGGUGGGAGCGCUACGCCGACGCGGGCUUCUCCAUGGCCUCCUUCGGCCACUCGCUGCCCGGCCCGGACGCGUACAAGUACUUUGGCUUCGACGAGGAGGUCAUCGCGCCCGCCGUCGCCGCGCUGGUCGACGACGUCAGGGCCAACGGCGUCGAGAGCCUGAGGGGCGAGUUCCGCGACCUCAACCCUGUCAACCACCACCACUGA